AUGGCGGCUCCCGACGCAACAGCACCGGCGGCCGAGAUCGCCGCCACAGCCCACGUUCACGACCUGGAGCCUGCGAUGGCGGCCACUCUUACACCCAUCCGCGCCAUCCUGGCCGCGGUCGACGCCUAUGACGGGGAGCGCGUGCGCGUCGGUGGCUGGGUCAGGACGGGCCGCGUCCAGUGCGGUGGCACCGUGGCCUUCCUCGCCGUCAACGACGGCUCCUGCCACGCGACGCUCCAGCUCGUCGUCGACGCCGCCCAGGUGCCGCAGCCGCCUCUCGCACGCCUCGCGGCCACGGGCACCUCCGUCCUCGUCUCUGGCGUGCUCAGGAUCCCCACCAAACGGAGCAAGGAGCGCAUUGAGCUCGGCGUCGACGCCGUCCUCCACGCCGGCUUGGUCGACGACGCAGCCGCCUACCCGCUGCCAAAGAGCAGGCUCAGGCUCGAUUACCUCCGGGACUUCCUCCACCUCCGCCCCCGCACCGAAACUAUGGCCGCGGUUGCCAGGAUGAGGAGCCAGCUCACAUUUGCCACACACUCAUUUUUCCAAGAAAACAGCUUUUUAUGCGUGCACACACCGAUUGUGACCACCAACGAUUGCGAGGGCGCUGGUGAGAUGUUCCAAGUCACCACAUUGUUCAGCCAGGCCCAGAAGGCAGACAAGGAGCUCCUCAAGCUGAAGCUUUCUGAGAUUUCCCGCAACAACGAUGAUGAUGAUGAUGGAAGUGUUGGUUUCGACAAUGAUUUCUUCAGGCGUCAGGCUUUUCUCACCGUCUCAGGGCAGCUUCAUGCCGAGCCCUACGCCUGUGCUCUCGGCCGCGUGUAUACGUUCGGCCCAACCUUCCGGGCAGAGAACUCACACACGUCCAGGCAUCUUGCCGAGUUCUGGAUGGUCGAACCGGAGAUGGCAUUUGCAAACUUGCAGGAUAUUAUGAACUAUGCAGAAAGUUAUGUCAAGCACCUCUGCCAGUGGUUGCUCACGCAUUGCCUGGAAGACAUGAAGUUUAUGGUUGAAACGCAUGAUAAGACUGCCAUCAAGCGUCUCGAGCGUGUUUCCACAACUCCUUUUGAACGCAUUUCGUAUACACAGGCUAUUGAGAUGUUGGUAGAAUCAGAAGGUAACAAGAAGUUCCAGACCAAGGUGGAAUGGGGUAUUGAUUUGGCGUCUGAGCAUGAGAGGUAUUUGACUGAGGUGAUAUUUGAGAAGCCAGUUAUUGUUUAUAACUACCCAACAGGAAUAAAAGCAUUUUAUAUGAGGCUCAAUGAUGAUCAAAAGACCGUGGCUGCUAUGGAUGUACUUGUUCCCAAGGUUGGUGAAUUAAUUGGAGGAAGCCAAAGGGAGGAGCGCUUGGAUAUUCUUAAACAACGGAUACUGGACGCUGGUCUGCAACUGGAGUCGUAUGAAUUUUACUUGGACCUUCGACGCUAUGGAACAGUGGAGCACAGCGGGUUUGGGCUGGGUUUUGAGAGGAUGCUCCUUUUUGCCACAGGUCUUGAAAACAUCAGAGAUGUCAUCCCGUUCCCAAGGUGCCCUGGGAAGGCUGACCUCUGAAGAUUUGGUCUCGUCUGGGAAGCAAGAACACAAAAUCCAGAAUUUGGUAUAUGACUGCUGGCUGGGAUAUAUGGUGGUAUAUAUACGUAGCAGGUAGGAUUAAUGAUUUUAGGAGUUUAUAUGUGUACAGUCCUAUGUUUUUUCCUCCUUCAAGUUUAUGAUGUCCGUUUGGUAGCAUAAAAAUAG